CAUGUUCCAAUGGAUUUGCUUCGCCUGUUUGGACUCAAUUCGUCAUUACAAUUCUUGGAAUUCUACCUUUACUGUUCGUUGUGGAUUUAUUCUGUUGGAACCCGGAACACUGAAAUGAUGGAAACGUGUUCUCUACAAAGUAGCUCAACAGAAGAACCUUGAAGGCUAUGUGGGAUUUGCCAAUCUCCCAAAUCAAGUAUACAGAAAAUCAGUGAAGAGAGGUUUUGAAUUCACCCUUAUGGUAGUAGGUGAAUCUGGCCUGGGAAAGUCAACAUUAAUCAACUCGUUAUUCCUCACAGAUUUGUAUUCUCCAGAGUACCCAGGUCCUUCUCAUAGAAUAAAAAAAACUGUACAGGUGGAACAAUCCAAAGUUUUAAUCAAAGAAGGUGGUGUUCAGUUGCUGCUCACAAUAGUUGAUACCCCAGGAUUUGGAGAUGCAGUGGAUAACAGUAAUUGCUGGCAGCCUGUUAUCGACUACAUUGAUAGCAAGUUCGAGGACUACCUAAAUGCUGAAUCUCGAGUGAACAGACGCCAGAUGCCUGAUAACAGGGUGCAGUGUUGUUUAUACUUCAUUGCUCCUUCAGGACAUGGACUGAAGCCAUUGGAUAUUGAGUUUAUGAAACGUUUGCACGAAAAAGUGAACAUCAUCCCACUUAUUGCCAAAGCAGACACACUCACACCAGAGGAAUGCCAGCAGUUUAAAAAACAGAUAAUGAAAGAAAUCCAAGAACAUAAAAUUAAGAUAUAUGAAUUUCCAGAAACAGAUGAUGAAGAAGAGAAUAAGCUUGUUAAAAAGAUUAAGGACCGUUUACCUCUUGCUGUGGUAGGUAGUAAUACUAUCAUUGAAGUUAAUGGCAAAAGAGUCAGAGGAAGACAGUAUCCUUGGGGUGUUGCUGAAGUUGAAAAUGGUGAACAUUGUGAUUUUACAAUUCUAAGAAAUAUGUUGAUAAGAACGCACAUGCAGGACUUGAAAGAUGUCACCAAUAAUGUGCACUAUGAGAACUACAGGAGCAGAAAACUGGCAGCUGUGACCUACAACGGAGUUGAUAACAACAAGAAUAAAGGGCAGCUGACUAAGAGUCCUCUGGCACAAAUGGAAGAAGAGAGAAGGGAGCAUGUAGCUAAGAUGAAGAAGAUGGAGAUGGAGAUGGAGCAGGUGUUUGAAAUGAAGGUCAAAGAAAAAGUCCAAAAGCUGAAGGACUCUGAAGCUGAGCUCCAACGGCGCCACGAGCAAAUGAAAAAGAAUUUGGAAGCACAGCACAAAGAAUUAGAGGAAAAACGCCGCCAGUUUGAGGAUGAGAAAGCAAACUGGGAAGCUCAACAACGUAUUUUAGAACAACAGAACUCUUCAAGAACCUUGGAAAAGAACAAGAAGAAAGGGAAGAUCUUCUAACUCUCCUGACCACCAGUUCCGCGAGUUGCCAAUAUGCCAGCUUGGACGUCAGUGUUUGUUGGAUCCGUUUGACCAAUUUGCACCAAUUUUAUCCAUAAUGAUGGAUUUAACAGCAUGACAAAAGUUAUUUUUUUGUUCUUGAUGGAGAUUAAGAUGCCUUGAAUUGUCUAGGGUGUGGUGUACUUAGAAAAUAACAGCUCUGAGUACCUUUCCUGGUUUUGUUUUUUGUUUUUUUGUUUUUGUUUUUUUUUUAAUUAUUAAACAGAUGUCUUCAACUUAAUGCAAGAGAACAUUUUACUGUUGUACAAUCAUGUUCUGGUGGUUUGAUUGUUUACAGGAUAUUCCAAGAUAAAAGGACUUUGGAAAGUUUUCAUUGAGGAUGAAUUGCCAUAAUAUGAUGCAAACUAUGCUUCUCAUAAUUAUAAUGCAGAGGUUCCAUUCAGUGCAGCAUAUACAAUAAUGUAAUUUAGUCUAACACAGUUGACCCUAUUUUUUGACACUUCCAUUGUUUAAAAUACACAUGGAAAAAAAAAACCUAUAUGCUUACAGUGCACCUAGAGCUUUUUUAUAACAGACUUUUUUUGUUUGUUUGUUUGUUUGGAUUCUUUAAAUAUAUAUUCUCAUUUAGUACCCUCUUUAGCCAGACUCAUUAUGCUUCAUUUCUGAAAUAACAUUUAAUUUAGAUAUUUUCCAUAUAUUGGCCCUGCUAAAAUAGAAAGUAGCAUCUUUCGUAUGGUAGGAACCAACAAGCAAACUCCUAUUAUUCCCUUUUUACACUUUAUGGUAAGUAGCAGGGAAAAAAUGCAUUCAUAGAUCAUUUCUAGGCAAAAUUGUGAAGCUGACGACCAACCUGUUUCUACCUAUAUGCAGUGUCUAUUUGGCUAGAAAUGGGGAAAGGCCUCUUGAAGGGAGAAAAGCCACCAGUCUGCAUUUAGCUGUAUUCAUAUAUUGCAUUUCUGUAUUUUUUUGUUUGUAUUGUAAAAAAAUUCACAUAAUAAACAAUGUUGUGAUGUAA